CUUGAGGAACUUCUGGCAGAGCAGAAUCCUGAGUUUUUUUUUCCCCUCCUCGGGAGAAGAAGUGAAUCUAGUUCCGUUAACGGAGGAAUAGAGGGGGGACGUCAUCGAACUUGUGGGGAAAACGAGAUUUCCGACGCUUUCUUGCUUUCUACGCCGAAUCUCUUAUGGAAAAACUGGGAAAAGAGUGAACUUUCCUCCCCGCGUCCCGAGGAAAACUUCACCAACAGAAGGGGCGAUGAGAUGCGAGUGAGCUAUGCCUUGUAGAAAUGGACAGAUUGUGUUUAAGCGAAAACAUGGCGUCUGUCUCCCAAAGUUUGGAUUAUUUUCCAGUCUGCUCUUUGCACUCUUUUGCCUCGAGGCGCGCUCGGGUGUCACGGCGGACGGGGGAGCGUGCAGCCCGUGCCCGGGGAACUGCUCGUGCACGGCGGUGGGACCCCAAAACUUGUGCGUGGUUAAUUGUUCCAACAUCGGACUGGAUCAGGCCCCCGCGGCGUCCGGCCUGCCCACCGAAACACACACUCUAGAUCUGUCCAGAAACCACAUUCCCUCUGUGGAUUGGAGCCUCUUUGAUCACCUCACCGCCCUCAAGGAGCUGUAUCUUCAGAGCAAUCGUCUGGUCACUCUUCCUCACGGGAUCUUCGGCUGUGGGCCGUUAACUGUGCUAGAUUUGAGCAACAACCAGAUCACCACCAUCGAGGAACGAACAUGUGAUAAUUUAUUUAAUUUAACGACAAUAGAUCUGAGCUCGAACCCGUUCGUCUGCGACUGUAAGCUGGUGCGGUUGGUCGGCUGGUUGCAGGAAAAGGGCGUUCGAGUGAAGCGACCCAACUCUAUGCUCUGUGACCGUCCACCGGAAGUGAAAAACCAGCCCCUGCUCAACGUCAGUGUGCACACCUGCGGCCUGACGUACGCGGGCUGCCUGGAGGACGAGGAGCACGUGGCGGGUGUGGAGCUGGUCAUCUUCUCGUCCUCCACUCCCGGGCCGUUCUCGCGGGAGGAGUGCAACUCGAAGUGUUUCCAUGAGAACCAGCUGUACGGCGGGCUGGGUCAGCAGAGGGAGUGUCUGUGCAGCACCAACUCCGAGCCCAACCACAUCAGCGAGUCGCAGUGUUCGGCCGCCUGCGCCAACCCGCAGGUCAUGAAGAAGUGUCGCUGGACGGUGGCGCACGACGUGUUUCAGGUGAAUUUCUCCGCCUCUCUUCCUUCCCGUCGCGUGUCCGUUCACUCCGAGGCCGUCCUGUCUGUCACCUCCUCCGUCUUCCCCGCCUCUCUCUCAUGGGACUUCGGUGACCUUUCACCCCGGGUCAACAGCUCCACGCCCAACACCACGGCGAGGCACAAGUACGGGGUCCCGGGACGCUACCAGGCUCAAGUGAGUCUCUCGGCGGGUCACCAGGAGAUCGUGGCUCAGGGGGGCGUGAGCGUGGAUCUGCCGCCCCGACUCGAGCUCCACUGCCCUGCACUCGUAGUGGCCAAUCAGAGCCUGGAGGCGGAGCUCUCUCUGGUCAACUGGGGCGGAGUGGGCGUGACCGUGGACUGGAGGAUCCAGAAGGAUGGGAGAGAGAUAGCAAAAGCGGAGCCGCUGUGUUUGCCAGAUGCGCUCCAUCACACGGACUCGUCCCGCUGUUUCCUCUUGGUGUUGGAGGAAGUCAGCUGGUCGGACGCACGUCGGGAUUGCUCGGCCCGUGGAGGGGAGCUCGCAGUGGUGCAUUCCCAAACCGUCCGGGACCUCCUGGCCCCUCGGAUCACACAUGAGCGUGGCGUGUGGUUGGGCUUGAGCGAUCAGUAUUCUCCACGAGUCCUGCGCUGGGUGGACGGUUCUGAGGUCCGGUCGGGGGAUGAGGGUUCGAGGGACCGGGCCACUCUGCAGCCUGGAAAUGUGUGUGUGUCACUGGACGCCAGCGGCCAGCCCAGCUCACACUCCUGCACCGCCAAACGAGCUUUUGUCUGCCAGUUCACACGGCAAGUGCGUGUUCCUGAUGCUGGCGUCUAUACGGUGGGAACCGCCGUGUUUAACACACACAGUCCUCUGAGGAGUCCGACUGCGACACACACAUCUGUGCCCAACACACCCGCCAAGAGUGUGGAGCUGCUGCUGUUCCCUGGAUUGAGUUUCCUGAACGCUGGACGCCUGUCGUCUGUGGAUCUGAACACACACUCUCUGAGCGCAGACACUCAGCUGAGGCUUCAGGUGUACCGACCGAAGUGCCAGAGAUUCACACGCACGCUGCUGCCAGGUUGUGGUGACCUCUGCGCCCCCAUCACUGUCUGCCAGGCCCCGGACGAGUGGAUCAACGACACAUCCGUCCGAGCCGAGCCCACGCCGUGCCCAGCGGGACGCCAGUACUGUCCGUACGCCGAGCAGUGUCUGCCGCUGUCCAGCCCGUGCCAUCCUGGCGCUUGUGUCAACUGUUCUGGUGUCAGUCCCCUGCCGGCGGGCACUCAGUACCCCGAUUACAGCCUGGUCGGGGAGGUGCUGGUCACCCUGCCGGCCGGACCUCCCUCCAACGUCCUGGUCCAGGAGGAGAUCGAGGACCUGCUGGUUUCCCCCGGGGACUUCAUCGCCCUUCAGCACGACGCCGGACCCUCAGGCCUCCUCCAGUGCUCCUCCGAACCCUCCUCCCCGUGGAAGCAGAGCGUGCUCAUCCAGAACCGCUCGGAUUGGUGGGAUGCGAACGAGACGCUGCUAGCGGACGCUGAGGGAAGUUGGGAGGAGGGUGUGGUUUGUCAGAUGAGGGUGUUGUACGUGGGACAGAACGACACCCGGCUGCAGGGUCCCUUCCUCCGUUCUGGACUCCCUCAGUCUGGCGAGUACAGUUUGGAAGUGACGUCCAACGAUAAGGACUUUCCCGUCACCGCAUCUUGUCCGAUUCGAGCCGUCCCACCAUUGGCGCCCACCGUGAUCCAUCCUAUCAAUCACAGCGGGACCGUGUACUUCCUCCCCAAUCAGACGUGGAUUCUCGUGGCGGUCCGCUCGCAGCACGACGCCUCGAUCGAGCGGGAGGGCGGCAACGCGACCGUAGCUUUCCGCAGCUCGUGUCCGCAGCACCUGGUGGCGAAAGUGGCCGAAUGCAGAAGGCCCGGCCCGUUCAACGACACCAUGUUCGCGUGGGUCGACCUCCAGCUCGGGUCCACACCGGGACAGACCGCCGUAGUGCUUCGUGUCAAGAGCGAAGUUACCGAAGCAUCGCUGCAGAUUGAAGCGAGGGUGCAAGAGCGACUCCGGGGCCUGGUUGUGCAUCCGCAUCCUGCGCACAGAGUCCUCAUGGAGUCCAUAGUGAGUUACGUGGCGUCCGUGGAGGAAGGGUCGGACCCGUCGUUCAAAUGGACAGUGGAUGAUAACCCGAACUUCACGUACUACAGCAGCAAUUUAAACAUCAUCUACCAGAUUGCAGGAGUUUACAAACUCGUGGUAACGGCGAUGAACCAGGUUAGCAUGCUGAGUGAGCUCUUCAACGUGACGGUGGACCCCAUGAACCCGAUGACUGUCCCCGCCGUCCAUGGAGUCCCCAGAAUCGUGCAGCAGGGUCUGUCCCUGAACCUCUCUGCGUCUGUGAAGAUAGACAUGGCGGUGAACGUCACCUUCUGGUGGUGGUUUGGAGAUGGAGGGAACCGUACACAUCAGUUUAAGCCCCCUUAUAAUAACUCCUACAAUAACCAGGUGGUGAUUCGUGACCAUGUGGAAUAUAUUUAUGCACAGCCAGGGGAGUAUACCCUAAUGCUCUCUGCUUCCAACCGCUACGAGAACAAGACAUGCAAGGUCGACGUAUACGUCUUCAGCAUCCUGACAAGUGUGCGAAUCGAAAUAUACCCACCACUCCUACGUGCCGAAAAACCAGCUGACUUUGAGGCCCACCCCUUACCGUCUCCCUACGGCAUCAUCUACACCUGGAACUUCGGUGACAAUUCGAGUAUCCAGCAGGGACGUGAACGCAGGGUUCCUCACGCGUACGCUCACAGCGGCGUCUACAACAUCUGCGUGAUCGUGAACAACACCAUUAGCUGGACGGGCACAUGUGCGGAAGUUACCGUCUACGAGGACGUUAAGGGCUUGGAGGUGGCGUCAUCGGCUCCCACCGAGCGCAACACGCGCACCGUCGUCACAGCAAGUCUAGAAGCAGGUAACAACGUAACAUGGAGCUUUGACAUGGGUGAUGGAACGGUGUUCACGGGUGUGGAGCCACAAGUUGAAUAUAGCUACAGGAAAGAUGGAAACUACACGGUUAACGUCACCGCGAAGAACGCCGUGAGCUCUCAGUGGGUAACCUUACCUGUUGAGGUGUUUGUGCUACAAGUGUUGUCGCUAGAACCUCCCGGGUGCAUUCAGGAAAACAAAGAGGUCAGUUUCCAUGCAUUCGUGUCGGGGAACUCGUCAGCGCAUCAAUACGUGUGGAGUUUUGGGGACGGAAGCCCCAACGAGACUCAGUAUGGAACGGCGCUGGUAACGCACUCGUAUGUUAAGAUUGGAGAGUACCAUCUCUCCCUGCUUAUGUCAAGCGAAGCCAACAAGGCCAAUUUUUACAAAAGGAUCUGCGUCCAACCUGUAGUUACAAAUGUGUCUUGGCUUCCUCUGAGAACACACGUGAAGCUCGGCGAGGAGAGUAGAUUUGCAGUAGCUGCCUUCCCUGAAUUUAACUACACGUACCUGUGGGAUUUUGGGGCACUUGACUCGAUAGCUCCUGUUCGGGGAGGGAAGGAGAUGGCUUUUACUUUCAAGAGUCCUGGGGAAUAUCUGGUAACAGUGACCGUGCUCAACAAUAUCUCCUCCAUCAAUACCUCAGUUUCAAUUGAGGUACAGCUAUCCAUUGGGUCUUUGCUGAUCAGUCAUAAUGGAGAGAAAGGAAACAAUCUGUCUUUACACCGAAACUAUGAUUUUAAAGCAUCCUCAGACUCGACGAAUGCCAUCUACAUCUGGGAAUUUGGAGACGGGACUCGACUAAAUGGAACAAACGUAUCACAUGCUUACAAUUCUUCAGGCAGGUUCAACAUCAGUGUCACAGGCAAGAAUCAAGUGAGUGAGACCAAAAAUGAGAUUUUCGUUGUGGUCUUGGCACCAAUCACAGGGCUGUCAGUAAAUGCCAGCUGUGUCAAUGUCCCUUUGAAUGCUUCUGUCCACUUUGAGGCACACUUCGACCAAGGUGAUGACGUCCGGUACUCUUGGAUUCUUUGUGACCGGUGCACAUCUCUCCAAGGCACUCACACAAUGUUCUACACGUUUCGCUCCGUUGGGACUUUCAAUGUUAUUGUUACCGCAGAGAAUGACAUCGGCACUGCUCAGUCCAGCAUUUAUAUCUUUGUGCAGCGUGAGUUGGAGGGCUUGCAGAUAGUGGCUGAUGAACUUGUUGAAGGAUGCUGUUUUGCAACCAAUCGCGUCCUCCACUUACAAGCCUCGUUAAAAGAGGGCACCAACAUGACCUUCAGCUGGAACCUUCUGAGGGAACAUGAAAACCAUGAUCGUAACUUCACGGGCAAGACCAUAGACCUCAAUUACUCCACCCCGGGUCCUUGUGAGGUGCUUCUCAAGGCAACCAACUUGCUUGGCCAGCUGGCUGUGAACAAAACUAUUGAGUUUCUGGAUCCUGUGAGGGAGCUUGUCCUCGAGACUUCACCAAACCCUUCUGCAGUAAACGCCAUGACGACUAUGACGGUAUCUGCAAGUUUUGGGACGGAUCUCCAUUACAGAUGGUGGGCAGGUGGUGAGCUGUUAACAUCUGACAUGUCCUCCAUAAUGUACAGUUUCAGAAACGCAGGUUUGAAACUGGUUAAAGUGGAGGUUUCCAACAAAAUCAGCUCUGAAAUGGUCUCAAAGUGGAUCAGCGUUCAAGAACCGAUCUCUGGAUUGAGUUUCAGUGCCACAAAUGUUAUAGAGAACUUUGUAGCCUCGGGGGACAAUGUUUCUCUGUGUGGAGAAACACGGAUGGGAUCCAACAUUUCAUGGAUGUGGCUAUUGCCAGACAGCACAACAUCAAGCCAGCGUGCCACCUCCUUCGUCUUCCUCAAAACGGGAAUCUUCAAUGUCGCUUUGAAUGCCUCCAAUGACAUCAGUAGAGAAUCGUACUUGCGCGACUUUACAGUCCAAGACCGUAUCCAGGGUCUGGAGCUCAGGGCCAGCAAAAAUGUCGCCGCGGUUGGUGAAAAUGUUGAGUUUACAAUCUCUGUCUCGUCUGGAACCUCUGUUAACUUCAUCCUGAGCAUUAGUGGUGACGCAACUGUUGUCCUAAACAAUCAAACGUACGUCCACCAGUUCACCAGUGUGGCCACGUACUACGUCAACCUUACUGCCCACAAUCAAGUGAGUUCAGAACGAAAGACUCUGCACAUUGAAGUGAUGGAGCCUGUGACCAAGUUGACCAUACUGGACUGCUGUGAUGCCGCUAUACCUGUCGGAGUAACUAGGUCUUAUGUGGCAAGCACUCCAACACGGGACCCACUGACUGUCCUGUGGACCUUCGACCUUCAUCAUGGUCACAAGGUUCCCAUGGUUGGCAAGUCGGUGACAUAUAAACCAGAUGAGCCAGGCAAUCUGACCAUAUUCCUAAGAGCAUUCAAUAUCCUGAGCGGUCUUAAUGUGACCAAGUUUAUACAAGUUCAGAACAGUAUCAGGUCAGCCUUCUUGGAAGCUCAACCAAGUGACACCUUUGUAAACAAGACGGUCCGUUUCCAUGUGGGAAUCACUCCUGUUUCCACUCCAGCAACAUAUCAGUGGAACUUUGGGGAUGGUUCUUCAACCGCUGUCACAACCACACCUGCCCUUAGCCAUAUCUACUUCAUUCCUGGUCACUAUGUGGUGCGAGUUAACAUCUCUAACCUUGUGAGCUGGGUUACAGCACAGACUCAGAUCAACAUCUCUGUCCUGAAGUGUGACGAACCAGAAGUUCAGAUCAUUCAAGCUCCACGACUUGCAAUCUGGCGGUACCAGCCAACCUUGGUAGAGGCCAGUGUGAACUUAAAAGGCUGUGCCCUCUAUGGAGUAGAGUACCUUUGGGAGAUCCUCACCUCCCCUCGCUGUCAGGAUGAGGACAAGAAAGGUCCGCCGCCAUCCAAGGUCCGUCUCCCCGCAGAAGUCAACGUCCGGAGACUCCAGCUUUCAGUGCCCAAGAUGUCGAUUUACGCUGGGAACUACACUCUAGUUUUUUCUCUGUCUUAUGAGGGAGUGCCACUACGCAAAGCAGCAUGUCUCCAACUUUCGGUGAUGUCCAAAAAAUUGGUGCCCAUCAUUGAAGGUGGCACCUACCGAGUGUGGUCUAAAACUCAGGAUUUGCAUUUGAGCGCAGAGCAAUCCUACGACCCCAAUCUGGAUCCGGAGAACCAGUCCCUGCUCAGCUACCACUGGGAAUGUGUGAGCACCUCAAAGGGUCCAGAUCACUGUUCCACUUUGCAUUUCGGGUUGGGUCCGAGCGACCCGGUUCUGGGAAUCUCUGGCUCCGAACUGGAGGUGGACGUUGAGUAUACCUUCCGCCUGACCGUCAGUAAAGAAGGCAUGACCCCGGAGUCCACGACCCAAACGGUGUGGGUGCAGAGCGGCCGGAUCCCCAUGGUGUCGCUGGAGUGUGUGUCCUGCAAAGCUCAGUCCCGCUACGAGAUCAGUCAGAGCUCCUACGUGUACUUGGCCGGCACCUGCAAUAACUGCCACGGCUCACACAGAGGGCAUUGGACGGCGAAGACCCGUGGAAACGAGUCGCUGGUUCUGAACCUGAACACCACCACCACCGGCAGCGACAGCAUGCACCUGGUCGUGAGACAGGGCGUCCUCCGGGACGGAGACUCCUACAAGUUUAGCCUCCAUGUGACGGACGACAGCAUGGACCGCGAGGGCGUGGCCUACAUCGAGCUCCACCCGAACCUGCCGCCAGCCGGGGGGGCGUGCUCACUGUGGGCCGACGGGGGCGCGCUUCAGGUGCGCACGCUAGUGGAGAGAGUGCACUUCAACUGCUCAGGUUACGCGGACUCGGACGAGACGGAGUCGCCGCUGGUCUACAGUCUGCUGGUGGUGCGCUGCUAUGGGUCUGAGCUGCCCUGCGAGGAGUUCUGUGUGUAUAAAGGCACGAGUCCAGAACAUUCGGCCUUCCUGCCGCCCGGCUUCAGCUCGAAGCAGUACAGAGUGUCUGUGUCCGUGAUGGUGGAGGACCACCAGGGGGCGUCAGUCAUGGCCCUCAACAAGACGGUGGAGGUGGUGCUGCCGUCGGUCCCGGCGAGCUUCAGUUCUCUCCCGCAUUGGCUGAGCGACAUGACCCACUCCAGCCUCAGAGAACUGCUCCGACAGGGAGACUCACAGAGAGUCCGAGAGCUCUCGCUCGCCCUCAUCACUGUCCUCAAUGAGUAUGAGCAGGGUGUGUCCCGCAGGCGUGAGCAUGUGACUAAGGCGGAGCGUCAGUAUCGAGUGAGCGUCAGAGGAAACAUCACCAGAGCGCUGACAUCACUGGACCUCAUCACCGUCAGUGACAUCCAGCAGACGUCAGCGGCGCUCGCCCAGUGCACGGUGAGUCGAGAGUUUGUGUGUGAAGAGUGUCAGAACAGCACUCUGAACAAACUGGAGUCGAUGUUAGAGAUCCUGCAGACAGACACUAAACAGGGCACAGUCACUCCCACUGAGAUCGCAGACAACAUCCUCCAUAUCAUGGGUGACCUGAUCCACCAGGUGAGCCAGACCUCUCCGGCGCCGGAGGCCGAGGACCGCGACAGCACUUCCCAGCAGCCUCUGCUCCUCCUAGAGGAGCACCAGCAUCACCCGCUGCGAGUGGCGGCUAAAGCCUACACCCUGUCCUCCGUCCUCAUGAGGAUCCUGAUGCUGGGCCGCGUCCUGAACGAGGAGCCCCUGAUCCUCCGCGGGGCCGAGAUCGCAGCCGUCGGGAAGCGCGCCGAUCCUCAAAGCCUGCACUGCUACGGCAAGAGUAACGCGCCCGAGUGCCGGCGCUUCUCCAUCCCGCGAGCGUUCAACGCUAGUCUGGGACGGGCAGCAGGGGGCGCCCUCACGCCAGGAGCCAACGGCGAGGACGGCAUCGUGCAACUGCUCUUCCAAGUGGAGCCAAAUCCAUUCCCGUUUAAUUAUGUCCCCAAUCACACCGUGUCCACAGAGGUGGCGUCCAUGGAGUUUCGCACGGUGAACGGCACGCAGAUUCCCAUCUCGGAUCUGGACGAGAGCCAGGCCAUAACGGUCACCGUUAAUAACGGAAGCGCGGCCGGGCUGGACGCUAACGGAUUGGAGGCCAUCUUGGCGCCGGCGGGAGCCGAGAACGUCAGUCACUGCAGUUCGGUCAUCGUGAGGGUGAGCACGGGGAACGCCAACAGACAGGCGGGAAUCUACGUCCAACUCAACUUCACCGUACUGGACGAUUCUCCAGAAACGUGGGAAUUGGAUCCAUCGAUCACGGCCUAUCUACACACUUCUGAGUGGCCCAAUGAAUACAACAGCACUGACAGGAAACGCAUCACGCUCAAUAUGACGCGGGGGCCAGACCUGGACCACCGACACUACACUUUCUUCCUGUCUCCAGAAUGGCACGACACCACGCGCGAGCACUUCAUAAACGUGUCCACGGGCUGCGGCGCGGGUGACCCGGCUCUGAUCCGGCUGGAGGUGGCUGUGUUCACGUCUCUGUGCCAGUAUUUCAGCGAGAGUGCGGGACAGUGGCGCACGGACGGGAUGGUUCCUCUGCCCGACACCAGCGUGGGCCGAGCCGUGUGUCGCACGCGUCACCUCACCGCGUUCGCCGCCAGCCUGUUCGUCCCGCCCGACGCCGUCUCCUUCAUCAUUCCCGAGCGCUCAGUGACUCGCAGUCUGGUGGUGGUGCUGGUGUGUGUGAUCGGACUGCUGUGUUACGCUGUGGCCGGAGCUAUACUGCGGAAGCUGGAUCAGAUGGACCUGAGACGGGCCUCUGUGGUGCCGCUGUGUGGGAAGGACGGUCUCUACAAGUACGAGAUCCAGGUCAAGACCGGCUGGGCCUACGGAGCAGGCACCACGGCUCACGUUGGCAUCAGUCUUCACGGCAGCGAGAGUCGCAGUGGGCACAGACACCUGGACAGCGUCGGUGCGUUCGCUCGGAACAGUCUGGACAUCUUCCACAUCGCCACAGACGCCAGCCUGGCCAGCGUGCUCAAGAUCCGAGUCUGGCACGACAACAAAGGUCUGUCUCCCGCUUGGCUGCUCCAGUAUGUCCUGGUGAAGGACUUGCAGACGGGCAGCAGUUACUUCUUCCUGGUCGAAGAAUGGCUCUCGGUCGACAACGAGAAAACGGACGGCCGGGUGGAGAUAGAGGUGGAAGCCUCCGAGGAGGCGGAGCUCCGCCAAUGGCCGCGGCUGCUGUCCUGGGAGCUGCAGAGAGCGGUGUGUGAGAGUCACCUGUGGCUGUCUCUCUGGGAACGGCCCCCGAGGAGCCCCUUCACCCGUCUCCAGCGGCUCACCUGUGGCUCGCUGCUCAUGCACCUCUGCAUGCUGGCCAACGCCGUGUGGUACGGCACCGUCGCUUACGGGCACAGCUCUACGCCGGUGUCUCAUCUGGUCUCGGUGAAUGUGGAGACUGUGUGGGCGGGGCUUGUGAGCUGUCUCCUGGUGUACCCUGUGUACCUGCUCGUCUUCUGCCUCUUCAGACUCAGCCGCAGUAAGGUGUCUGUGGAGCAGCUUCCUCCUCAGGUGGACCAGGAGUCUCUGGAGAUCGACGACUUCCUGGAUAACUCCCUGACAGGAAGCUCUUUCCUGAUGCUGAAUGGGAUUCCUGGAGAGACGUACUCAGAAGAGACCAACAUUGACUUGCCGACUCCUUCCACUAAGAGUCUCCAGAGGUGGAGUAUUCCGGACUGUGAUUGGCCAGACGUGUUGACGGACCCGUCAGUGGAGAUGGGGCCGGUGUUUCCCCCCCGCCUCAAGAGAGGUCAGGGCAGCAGACACCUGGGGGUGGACAUCGCCUUCAGCCCGGACGAGGACGACACCGUGUGUGACAACAGCCACAGGAACAAAUACUUCUCCUCCUCAGAUGAGGAUCUAAUCAAGCGCAUCCUGGCCGAUGGACAGUUGCUGUCUCAGACGGACAGUGACGUGGGCGAUCUCUCCAGUAUAUUUGGGGAUAAGACGGAAGUGAUUCUGCUGCAGAAGAUGAAUGAACCUGUCCCGUGUGCGGCCUUUAGACGAGACCCACCCAAAACUGCCUUCACUUCACGCACAGUGGUGAUGGAUGUGUGUAAGCCAAGACCACUUCCUCCUCUAUGCGGAUUGGCUGCUCUGUGGGCCAGCUGGGCGUGGCUUAUCCUGUCCGCCAGCCUAUCGAUGUGGCUGGGGCGGAGCUUCAGCGAGGGCGUGGCUCUGAUGUGGCUGAUCUCCAGCAUUGUCAGCUUCCUGUCGUCUUUCCUCAUUCUGGAGCCGCUGAAGGUGCUGUUAGAGGCUGUGUACUUCUCUCUGGUGGCGGGGCGUCUGAGAGCCGAGGAGCAGGACGUGCUGGUGGACUGUCCUCGUGUGGAGCGGGUCGUUCAGCGGAUCCCUCGGGUCCGGCCGCCGCAGGGCUUCGCUCUCUCACAGGCCAGAGAAGAAGCGCGUAAAGUCCGCCUGCUACACACCAUGCUGAAGGGUUUCCUGCUCUACAUGCUGUUCCUGCUGGUGGUUUUACUGCUCAACUACUCAGACUCGACCAAAGACGCCCACCGCCUGCGACUUCACACUCAACUGCAGGAUCACUUCCUCACAGAGCGCUUCAACAACAUCAGCAGUCGUGAGGAUGUGUGGGCGUGGCUCUCGGACUCCCUGUUACCACGGUUACUGGAUGGGCGGGUCCUGAUGGAGAAGACGGGAAGCCUGCUGAUUGGUCGACCUCGUCUCCGACAGCUGAGAGCGCAGCCAGAAUGCCCCGUCAGUGGCUAUUUCCCAGCAUCCUCGUGGUUUGGGUGCGCCCCAGCCGGGUGGGCGGAGUCAGCCUCGGGAUUGGUGCAGAACUGGAGUAUCAGCACAGCUCAGAGCAGCGGUGUGUGGCACUGGGGGCAGGUGUCUGUCUACAGCAGUGCUGGAUUCGUACAGGAUCUCAGCAGAAAGAUGCAGGACUCCAGAGCUCUUGUCAAACAACUCAACACACACCGGUGGCUCGACCCGCUGACGAGGGCUCUGUUCGUGGAGUUUCCCGUCUAUAACAUCAACACUGAUCUGUUGGCCGUCUUCUCGUUCCUGCUGGAGUUCCCUGUAUCGGAGCGCGCUCAGUUGAGUCUGGACCUCAAAACCUGCAGCCUCCACAUGCUCAGUCACGGCAUGGACCUGCCCCUGUUCCUCACGCUCCUCCUGCUGGUCUUCGUGAUCUAUUUCGCUGUCCGUGAGGGCGUGAUUGUCCGGAAACAGGGGCUUGGCUACUUCCUGCGCUUGUGGAAUAUAGCAAGUGUUUGCAGUCUGCUAUUGGCGAUUUGUGUCGUCUCUUUACACCUGAGUCGCUCCGUUCUGUCCGCCCGCCAGUGGGGCUCAUUCCUACAACAACAGGACACAUUCACAGACUUCUUUCCUCUGGCCCAACAGAACCAGGUUUUGACCCAACUGAGCGCGGCUUUGCUCUUCCUGCUGGUGCUCAAGGCUUCGCACCAACUGCGCUUCAUGAGAGAAUGGGGGGUUUUCGGGAGGACGCUGAGGAGAUCUUUCUGGGAGAUGCUGACGGUUGCCAUCACUCUUCUCGUGUUCCUGUUGGCAUACUCACACACUGGACACUUGAUUUUCCACUCUGUCAUGGAGGGCUACGGAACUGUUAGCUCUACUUUCUUGAAGUUGCUUGGCUCUAGUGGGCGUGGACUGUUGUCAUGGCGACCAGACAGUGGCUCCUCCCCAUGUUCUGCUUCCUGCUUCAUCUUCCACAUUAGCUUUACUCUACUCAGACUCGUUUUGCUGUGGCUUUUGGUCUCGGCUUUGCUAAGGAACUAUCGUCGGGCAAGGGCGGAACUGUACCGUCCAGCCGUUGACCUACAGGACUAUGAGAUGGUGGAGUUGUUCCUGCGACGCCUCAAAAUGUGGAUGGGGCUCAGCCGUGCUAAAGAGUUCCGGCACAAGGUGCGAUUUGAAGGUAUGGAGCUCCCGCCUUCACGUUCCUCUUCAACAAGUGACUGCAAGUCCUUGUGUCUUCCUCCUCUGGACACUCCAGAGGCUCCCCCAUCUCCCGACAGUGUUGAUGGAGGAUCUGAGGCCUCUUGGCGGCCCACUUCCAGCAGCCCUUGCAGUCUGGCUGAAGCCCCGGGUCUGGGACUUGGCCUUACCUUAGGCCUUGGGGUGAUAGUUGGAGGCCAAGGCUGGAAAGAGAGAGCCGAGAUGGAGGCAACGCUCCGCAGAAUCCUCCCAGCUUUCGAUGCUUUGCUUCUUCAGCUGGACCGGGUCACCCAUGCCACAGAGGAAUUGUAUCGAACAGAGUGCCGUCUAGAGAGGCUGCUGAGGAAGAGCAGAGGACGGGGCAGAGGGAUACGCCGCCACAGAAGUCUGGAGUCUGCGGGACAGAAGAGACAUGGAUACAAGGAGGCAGACAGGAACACACAAGUGGCAGAGAUUAGCAAAAGUCCCUCGAUAACUGGAAUGAGUGCAUCCGUGUCCGAGAGAAAUCUUCACAAGAGAGACGGAAGGUCAAGGAAAUCAGGCAACUUCUCACAAAUCACCAGUGGCCUUCCCACAAGUCUCAAUAAGGUAGACUCCAGUCCCCACAGGACCGAUAGUCUCCAAAAGACUCAAGAAAUUCUCAGCACCGUGGUGGUAGAAGUCAGCAAGACAGAGAAAGACCCUGACAAAGCAAGUCCCCCUGAGGAGGACAGUAGUCCACCCAGAGUCCAAAAAGCUGACACGGCUUCUCAUAAAGUAAAAGGAACCUCCAAGGUUGACCCAAACUUCCAAAGAGACUCUGAGGUUGUUGGCUGUGCCAACAAACCUGCCCCUACCCCCGUUCCCACUCCAACGUCUACUCCCUCAACUGCUCCGGUUUCUGCAAUAACUACCCCAGUACCGAUCCCUCGCUCCCAUGAGUGGGUUCCUCCAAGCAACAGCGAGAACCUUCCCUCCAGUGUAUUCCGGCACCCUGCACACACUACUACGAAUCCCACCCGCAAACGCAAGCACAAACCUCCCCCUCUUAAAAACAAGGUGCACCCCAACACAGACAGACCAAUCUCAGGGCAUCCCAAACCUUGACAUCCCAAGGUUCCAACAAUCAGUAUGCAAGUAAAGGCAGAUUUUAGGAAUCGAGUCAUAAAGCUAAGGGACGUUGAAGCUCAAGGGUUACGGCCUUUCAUGAGGAAACGAGGACCUGGUGACAGCAGGUUUUGUAACCAUGUCCUCAAGAAGAGCAAAUGCAAGACGUUUCUCAAACAAAACCAAAUAAUAGACCAUAGCCUUAGGCUCCAACCAAUUGGAUCGACCUUACUAGAAGUCACAAGAUGGAAACUAGGUGCAGGUCACCAUGGUUUUUACAAUCCUCAAGAAGUUUAUUCGAUGCAAGUUGCCCUUUUCCUUCACCUCUCGCAGUGACCUCAAGUCCAACCUCUUGACCCUGGUGGUCAACUGAGUUGAAACCGACAAGAGCACAACUUGUGCCGUCGCAGAAACAAAACAAACUCUUGAAAGAGACAAUGAAGGACUACAACAGCACGCGCCUGUUGAUGCAGGAUGGCUAAAGUUUGAUGGUACUUUGUCUUACAAUGUUUUUAGUAAUGUUUAAUGAAUCGUGUUCUUUUUUUUGUGUUGUUGUUGUUGUUGUUGAAGGAAGCUAUGUUAAGGUCAUGGGUGUAUGUAUUGCCCAUCGAUGCAGAAUAGGCACAACUUAUUCAGAAAGGCUCACACUGACAGACUCGCACACAAACAGACACAAGACACACCUAGAUUUGCGGGUACAUACUUGUUACGGUUCCUUUCCUUUGUUACGGGAGCUUUGAGGUAGAAUUAAUGCUUUUUAAUAUAGGGAAAUAGACGCAAAAAACAUAUCUUGAACAUAUAUAGACUUGUAUGAUUUCCCCACCUACACACUCACACUAACAUACUUCUGAAGAGGCCAUCAGGGUGCUAAACAACUAGUAAUCCUCAGGAUUUCACAUGUAUAUCUUCCGACAUAAUUGCAUGUCUUCGCCAUUCAUAGGUUUUUUAGAGUGAAAUGGACCCGAGGGCAAGUAAGAGAAGAUUAAAAUAGAAGGAAAACUGAGAGAAGGGAAACGGUGUCAGAAAUCGUAAGUAAGAAUUGGGAUACGUUAAUAGAAGGACAUGAAAAGGUAGAUGAAGGGAAAUGUUAAGGGAAAGCUAUGUCCCUCAUUCAAGCACAACUCCCAGAAUUCUCUCUAUGGGGAUUUCUUGUUCAUUGUUGAAUUAUUAUUGUAAGUAGUUUGUUAAUUCAUGAAAAAUCAGCUUAUUAUAUAUUGCUGCCUUCUAUGAUGUUUUGAAUCUAAUUUAAAAAGCACUUUGUAUUGAUGUUAUAAAAUGAAUGAUUGUGAGUGAUGGCAUCAGUGUGAUUUAAGUUUGAAUGUGUUAUGGAAAAUGUUUUGCAGAAAUAAUCAAAUAAGCUUGGUACGAACAUAAGAGAUGGUUACAACAGCGUAUAAUUUUACCAAAGCUUGCUACUCGAGUAAGAAGAGAUUAACUUAAAGUUUCUUUUGUACUUAGCACUUUAUUUCAAUGUCAAGCUUUAGUGCUUCGCCAUACUUAACUAGUGUGUAAGCUUUCCAAAACUAUUCUCUUUGAGUAUUAUACACAAGCUGCGUCAGGAUGAUAAUUACCAUUAAUAUUUUUCAUGUAUUGGUCUGUAUAAUGUGUUGAUUUUAUGAAGUACUAAAAUAACGUUGUUUACCGUGAUGACGCUCAGGGACCCUUUUCGUAAAAACUCAAACCAGGAUUUGUUUUUGUUUUCGUUUGUUUGUAAUGGCUUCAAUCCAUACAGUACAUGUAUUAAGGUCAUUAGAGUAGUUGAGAGUAAUUGGAUGAUGAAUCGAUUGAAACAGAUCCGCUACAGGGAGUUUUGAUUCUGUCAAACGUCACGUCCACUAUAGUAACGUCCUUAUUCAGGCCAUUCCAGAUGAAGUUUUGAAAGGUCGUGUUUAUCUGUACAUAUUGGUGUGCCCUGAUGUAAAUAUUGUAUUAGAGUUUGAUUGCAUUUUUAAAAUCUCAUUUGCCUUAACUGCACUGAGAGGAAAUUUUGUUUCCAUUACACAAAAUGGACGUUGGGAUGUACACUCAUUUCACACAAAUGCUUUGCUGCAUAUUUCAUUUCACCUUGGUGUCGACCAAAGGAAAAAAAAUGCCCAAAAGUAUGAAAUCAUUGCUUUUCAACUAAUUGAACUACACUCAGCACAAGCGGUCAUUUUAAAAUACAAUGGCUUUUUAGUAGUUCUUUGCAGGACAGUGCUCCCGCUGAAAUAUUUCAUACUUUUAGAAGGCAUGUGUGUCAGAAAGAUUUCAAGCCAGUCACAUGUGCCAAAACCAACUUGCAUAAAAUAAUGUAAAGUCGUACAGUUUUCGUAUUAAAUGCUGAAGGUAAUGUGUCGAUUGCAGGUUUGCUAUUCUGUGUAACUUUGUAGCACUUCGCUUUACAUGCUUUUGCACUUGACAAAGUCAAAUAAAGAGUCUGACAGCUGAGA